AGUAGAUGUGGAAUCUGCUUACAGAGUGUGAAAAGUGGUCAAGGCACAGCCAUUUUCACAGCUGAGUGCUCGCAUUCCUUUCAUUUUGGCUGCAUAGCCACCCUUGUCAAGAAGAACCAGCUCCUCCUGUGCCCUGUCUGCAACACCACCUGGAAGGAGCUGCCUUUAAUCUCUGUCCAUAAUAAUACCAAUAAUAAGCAACAAACCCAACAGCUGGUGCCAAUAUCAUCACCCAAGAAGCUCAGAGAUGUCAAGACCAAACCUUUGAGAGUUUACAACGAUGACGAGCCCCUCUCGUCCCCAACUUCCGGUUCUCGCUUCAACCCAAUCCCUGAAGAAAACGACGACGAAAACGACGCCGUCGAGUUCCAAGGCUUCUUCGUCAACGCGAGUUCCAAACCUCCCUCCACUCGGAGUUCAACUGACCGGAAUGUGAAGAACGUGGAGGUCAGUCUGUUGCCGGAAUCGGCCGUUGUGGCCGUCGGAAGGACCUACGAGACGUACGCGGUGGUUCUCAAAAUCAAAGCUCCGCAACCUAUUGCGUCCGAAACAGCGUCGUUGCAGCGCCGAGCUCCCAUCGACUUGGUGACGGUGGUGGACGUGAGCGCGAGCGCGAGCAACGCAAAGAUUCAGAUGAUGAAACGCGCUAUGCGACUCAUCGUUUCGUCACUCCGCGAUACCGACCGUCUCUCCAUCGUCGCCUUCUCUUCAACCUCGAAGCGGCUGUUGCCACUCCGGCGAAUGACCUCCGCCGGCCGACGGUCGGCGCGUCGGAUCGUAGACGCGCUCUGUGGUGUCGGCAAUGGAAUGUGCGUGAACGACGCGCUGAAGAAGGCCGCGAAGGUACUCCAGGAUCGCCGCGAGCGAAAUGCAGUCGCGAGUAUCAUGCUCCUAUCGGAGGGCUCUCAGGACGCCAAUCAGAAGCGCUCGUCUUCCCCCGUCGUGUCCUCCACGCGCUUCCCUCACCUCGACAUCCCCGUCCAUACU